AUUACAGAAUGCACGCCAAGUCAAAUGACAUGCUGGAUUUUCAAACUUUGGAUGCCCUUCUGGAGAAAAUAGCUCACUACUCAGUGCCUGUGAAAAGAGAGCCCAGUGAGGAGUGCAAUGGGAUCCAUGGUGCUGUCCCAGUGCAACCCGCGCCGGAGUCGACACUGAACGAGUGGGGUUCCUCUGUCCCCCCUCACGUAGCCCCACUCCUCUCUGCUAGCAUGGGGGACGGCUUGGAUGCCACGCAGAUGUCAGGGGGCAGCAGCAGCCACGGGCAGCCCUCAGCCCAGCCCACCUCCUACAACCCUCCACCCCCUGAGACGUCGAACCCCAACCGGCCCAAGCGCCAGACCAACCAGCUGCAGUACUUGCUAAAAACAGUUCUGAAGACGUUAUGGAAGCACCACUUCUCCUGGCCCUUCCAACAGCCUGUGGAUGCUGACAAGCUCAACUUGCCUGACUAUUACAAGAUUAUUAAAUGUCCUAUGGACAUGGGAACGAUUAAGCGCCGCCUGGAGAACAGCUACUACUGGAACGCCCAGGAAUGUAUCCAAGACUUCAAUACCAUGUUUACCAACUGCUAUAUUUACAACAAGCCUGGAGAUGACAUAGUCCUCAUGGCAGAGGCUCUGGAGAAGAUGUUCUUGCAGAAGAUCUCGGCGAUGCCUCAGGAAGAGACCGAGAUCCCAGUCAUGACAGGGAAGGGGCGUGGCCGAGGCCGUAGGGAUGCAGGCCUGAGUGUGAAACCAGGGGCUGUCUUGGACUCUCCAUCAUCCACCCCUCACACCAGGGCACUAUCUGCCCCCCCAUCUGCACCCCAGGCAAGAGGUGCAACCAUGCAGGGUGCCCCACCUCUACCUCCUCCUCCUCCUGCAAUUCAAGGGCUGCCUCCCCGCGUACCCCCCACACUUGGUACGCACGCUCCUCCACAGGGCCCACCAUACUCACUCGGCCCUGCGGACUGCAUUAGCCAAGGCCCCCUCAUGACCUCGGUGCCCCCUCUGGCCCAGACAGCGCUGCCCCCCAUGCCUGUCUCCCAGACAGCUCCACCUCUGGCUAAACAGAGGAAGAGCCAGAAAAGGAAAGCGGACACGACCACACCAACUGCCAACGACCAGCUGAGUGAGUCGUCGCCUGCUACCUCUGAGCCCAGGUCAGGCAAGAUGAUGCCACGGCGUGAGAGCAGCCGCCCAGCAAAGCAGCCCAAGAAGGAGGCACCUGAUUCCCAGCAUCACCUGGCUGCAGGUGUUACCCUUGGCCUCAAGCAGCAGGAGCAGUUGCGCUACUGUGCGGGUAUCGUUAGGGAGAUGCUGUCCAAAAAGCAUGCUGCCUACGCCUGGCCCUUCUACAAGCCGGUGGAUGUGGAGUCACUGGGCUUGCAUGACUACUAUGACAUUAUUAAGCAUCCUAUGGACCUUGGCACCAUCAAGACCAAGCUGGACACCAGGCAAUACCGAGAGGCACAGGAGUUUGCAGCUGAUGUGCGGUUAAUGUUCUCCAACUGCUACAAAUACAACCCACCGGACCAUGAGGUGGUAGCCAUGGCACGAAAACUGCAGGAUGUGUUUGAGAUGCGUUUUGCCAAAAUGCCAGAUGAGCCCGAGGAGACGCCCAUCCCUGCUCCCUCACCCGUGCCACUCCCUGCCCCCGUUAAGCAGCAGCUGCAGCCAGCCCCACCUUCAUCUUCAGACAGUUCCAGUGACUCCUCCUCAGAGUCAGACUCAUCAACCGAUGAUUCUGAAGAGGAAAGAGCCCAGAGACUGGCUGAGCUACAGGAGCAGUUGAAGGCAGUGCAUGAGCAGCUGGCUGCCCUAUCGCAGCCACAGGCUGGCAAGCCAAAGAAGAAAGAGAAGGAGAAGAAAGAGCGUAAGAAGGAGAAACAUAAGAAGAAGGCGGGCGGGCCCCCGCCAUUGGUAGAGGAGCUGCCGGACCCCCCAGCCCAGAUCCCCAAGAAGAACAAGAGCAGCAAAGAGCCUGUGCCGAAGAAGACUAAGAAGCCCAGUAAAAAAGAGGGAAUGAAGUCCAAUCGCGCUGGCCCCCCAGCUGCCCAGGUUCCCUCAGCCCCAGCGUCAUCAGCUCUUGUGGACCCAGAGGAAGACCUGGGGCUGGCAGCUGGAGACCGGUGCAAACCUAUGUCGUAUGAGGAGAAGCGCCAGUUGAGCCUGGACAUCAACAAGCUUCCGGGUGACAAGCUGGGCCGUGUGGUGCACAUCAUCCAGUCCCGUGAGCCGUCACUCAAAAACUCUAACCCUGAUGAGAUUGAGAUUGACUUUGAGACACUGAAGCCUUCGACGCUGCGGGAGCUUGAGAGAUACGUGUCCUCCUGCCUGCGCAAGAAGAAGAAGCUGCCUGUGGCUGAAAAGACAAUGGAAGCGAUGAGCACAAUGAAGGCAAAGACUGGCUCUUCAUCAGACUCAGGCAGCAGUGAGUCCAGCUCCUCUGACAGCGAAGGCUCGGAAGCAGGAGUCAUUUCUAAACAGAAGAAGAAGAGUCACUCUGGGAAAGAGGGGAAAAAGCCCCACCCCCAGGUGGUGGGGGAAAGUGCUACCGCAUGCCUGCCCCCUGUGCCUCAACCUGCACAGCAGCAGCUCAAGCAGUCGCCAUCCCCCUCGGCCUAUGUGGCCCCCCCUGUGCCGACCUUGGAGUCCUCGCAAAUGCUGGGAAAUGCCUUUGACUCGCUACCACACUUCGGCCAGCCGCUGCGGCACCUGUCCCAUCACCCCAGUGAACCGUCACCUCCAGCUCCUCCCAACCUGAACGCUCAGCACCCACCGAGUGGCCCUGUGUCACCCCUGGCAGCUGAGACACAUCCGUUCCUCAACCAGCAUAUGAUCUCCACCCCAGCCCUGCACAAUGCCAUGCCUCAGCAGCCAGCUCGUCCGAGUAACCGCGCAGCCCCCCUGCCUGCCAAGCCUCUCCAGCAACAAGCACCACCACAGCAGCCUCAGCCCCUUCCUCAGCAACCGCAGCCGCCGCCGCAGCAGACCAUUCCCUCAAAGCACCCCCUGCCCCCACAUAUCUUAAACUCUCUACAGCCCCUCCAUCAGCCCAUGCGGCAGCGCCCGCUCUCCCCCCCUACACUGACCCCGCAGGGCCUGCUGUCAGCCCAGCCUCCGCAGAUGCUACUGGAGGAUGAUGAGGAGCCUGUUCAGCUGCCACUCAAUCAGGUGCAGCUAUACCUACAGCACCUGCAGCAGACACAGGCGCAGCAGGCUCCACUACUGCAGUCGGUGCAGGUGCAAUCACAAGCCCCGACUCAGCAGCCUGCACAAGUGCAGCAGGCACCCCCUCAGCAGUCAGCCCAGCUUCCUCAGGCCCCUCCCCCACCACAGCAGCAGCCACUCUCCCAGCAGCACACUCAGCCGCCCAGGCACAUACAGCACUUGCAGCAGCAGAUGUCCUACCCAGCAGGACCUGCUCAGCUCACACAGCCACCGCAGCAGCAGCAGCACAAGGUACCUGGACCCCCUGCGAAGGGGCAGCAGAUACUUCAGCAACAGCAGCAUCCCUCCCCGCACCAGCACAAGCCUGACCCCUACAGCACAGGACAUCUGAGGGAGAGCCCUCCACCACUCAUGAUGCAUUCCCCUCAGAUGCCCCAGUACCCCCCGAUUGCCCACCCAUCUCCACCUCACAACUUGCAGCCCAAGAAACCAGAGCAGCAGGUGCCCCCUGCCCUUGGAGGGGUUAAGGAGGAGAAACUGCCCCCUUCCCCAGUGACACGGGAACCGUUCAGCCCACCCCUCCGCCAGGAGCCUCACAAACACCCUGAAAGCAAGCCUCCACUAGCAGGGCAUGCCCCGCCCAGAUCUGACAUAAAGCUAUUGGACAGUUCACGGCCAGUCAUCCGCUCUCUGGAGUCUGGGGGUCCUGCCCAGCAUUUACCAGAUAAAGACAAGUUCAAACAGGAGCCAAAGACUCCAGUGGCCCCUAAGAAGGAUGUGAAGCUGAAGAACAUGGGCCCAUGGGCCAGCCUUGCUCAAAAGUCAACGUCUGCUCCCUCCUCCACGCUCAAGUCAUCGAGCGACAGCUUUGAGCAGUUCCGCCGAGCGGCACGUGAGAAAGAGGAGCGGGAGAAGGCCCUGAAGGCCCAAGCGGAACAGGCAGAGAAGGAACGCCUGAGGAGGGAGCAGGAGCGACUGCGGAGGGAGGAGGAGGAGGCCAUGGAGCAGGCCAGGAGGCCCCUUGAGGAUUCUCGCCGACGCCAGGAGCAGCAGCAGCAGCAGCAACAACAACAACAACAACAGCAGCAGCAGCAGCAGCAACAACAACACUCGCAGCCAGUGCAGCCACCACAGCCCGUACAAGCCCAGCCAUCUCAGGCACAGGGGAGUUCAGCCCCCCAGCCACCCCAGUCAAGUGCACCGCCACCCACCUCGUCACAGAGUGCACUGGACCAACAGAGGGAACUGGCACGCCGCAAGGAGCAGGAGAGGAGGAGGAGAGAAGCGAUGGCAGCAACAAUUGAUAUGAAUUUCCAAAGUGACCUGAUGGCGAUCUUCGAGGAGAACCUUUUCUGAGUGCAAGAGGAGAACAGAAAAGUGUCACUGAAUAAAUGCAAAUAAAAGUGAGCUGGGGUAAUCGAUGAACUCAAACUCCCCUGCACAUGUGGGGUGGGGUAGUAGGGGAGACCAAAAUGACAAAAGAUUGCAACCCAUCUGAUGGAGCACCGGACACGGAGCUGAGACUGCUGAACUCGAGGGAUAGGCCGCCCCCUGGUGGCUGUGCAUUAAGGACCUGACAGUGGGGCAAAGUAAUAGACCCCUCUUUGUAGCGGUCACCAUUGGCACAGGUGAUAGACUGCCAGUACCAUCUGCAUCUGCCACAUGUGGGCCAUGUGCAGAUACCUGUCCAGCUGGAAAUUACAAAUUGAGUGGUAUUGAAAAAGAAAUGGUCAAAAAAGAAAACUAAGGAAGAAAGGAUAAACUGCUGGACUUGAGGGGGGGUAGGGCAAUGGCUUUAAGAUGGUGGUGUGGCCAUUUUUUUUUUUUUUUUUUUGGUUUUAUGAAUUUGAAGAGUACAUGCAAGCAGGCAAGGAAGUUGAGGAGGGGGACAGCUUGAGACUAGUCUUCUCAAGAGAGGAGGGUAUCGAGAACUUGCCUUACACUUCUGAUCUGUAUACAUACACAAUAUAAAUAUAUAUUAUAUAUACACACCUGCACACAUGAACAAACAGUUGAAAUGGAUACUAAUUCAGUCCUGUUGGGAGCUCACAGCUCAUUCUGCAUCUGUAUCUCAUUUUGUAGGAUCUACUGUAAAGAACUUUUUUAUUAUCUUAAGUGGUUUUAUUUAACAUCCCUCACUGAUGCCCUUUGCUCCCCAUUUAUGCCAAACUUUUUCUUUCUAGUGCUGACAACUCAUUUAAGCUUUUUUUGCUUCCUUGUAGAAAAGGAAUAUAAUAUUAAAUAUUUAACUUUUUCUUUGCCCUACAUCAAUAAGCAAGGUAGUGCAUGAAUGAAAGUGAAAACAGAUUUUGCUACAACAUGGCAACAAGUAAAGAAGAUGGCACCGGAAAAGCAGCCGCUGCCCUUUUUCACAGUGUGCUGUGACAACUUGUCCAACUCCCCCCUUUUUUUUCCUCCUUUUUUUUUUUAAAAAAAAAAAAAAAAAAAAAAACCACCAAGGGAGGUUGUGCCAGUGUGGUUCUUCAUCUUGGUGUGUUUGCGAUGCUUCCAGAGCAGUAUAGCAGUCUUAUUUAUCUCUCCCUCCACCUCUAAACUGUUGGACUCUGAGGACAGGGCUGUGGAGUAGCAUAGAGUCACUGCCCGCCACCCGCACCCCCAUGCAGGCUAAUGAGACUCACCUCUCUGCCAAUCUUGUGGUCCUAGCAUGCGUGCUCUCAUUGCAUACCUUUCUACCUGGACUUUAAAUCCUAGGCACAUGGAAAGCUGUAGCAGAAGCUUUGGGGGAAAAUUACGAAAUAUGGAAGUGAACAUUUCAUUAUCAUUCUUGUUGGAUUGUAGUGGCGUGAGUUCUUACUCUUCAGGCAGCAAAAGAGGAGUGUAAGACUUUGAAAUUUUUCCCUAGUGCCCUCCCCCCUUUGGAACCUGUAUUGUAUAAUUCUAGUUGGAAUUGAUAACAUUUUGAAAGGGUUAGGGUGGGUGGUGAGGCAGGAGGGAUUUGUGUACAAAUAGGACACACUGUACACAUACAGCAUUUUACCCACUUAAUAUGAUCCAAUUUAAGUCUAGUUUUAGCUGUUUCUUUGAUGUACACCAGACACAAUAUAUUUCUUCUCUCCAGUUGGUAUAUUUCAAGUUGAGAUUCAGCAUAGUCUCAGAGCUGUGUGUAUGGGUGUUUGUGUGUGUUACAGUUCUCAGCACAGUUCAGCGUGCUGACCUGCAGACAGUUGUAAGUGUAAAGAAGGAAGAACGAAUAGAUGUUUAAAGAACAAUUCACACUGUUGUUUUAUUUCCUUUAUUCAUUUCAGUGAAGGUUAUUUGCGUAAAAUUUUUAUAAUUUGGUUUAAAUAAGCAAGAGAAAAAAUGCGCAUUUCCUCAUUCCUUCAUGCCUUUUACUGUAUUCUGAUUUUUGUUUCCAUGUUAACAGUUGGAUGUUAUGUGCCAUAGAUAUCUGUUCCGCAAAGAAAGUGCUGACCUUCAGCUCCGCAAGUUUGCUUUAUUCAGGUUUUUACUUUUGUGUCUUUUUUGUGUGUGUUUGGUUUUUGUGUUUUCCUCGAUUACCGUUGCUAUGCCAGAGUUCGGAGAGGAACAGUAGUCUACGAUCAUGAAUAAACAUCUUUUUUUU